UGAGAUUAAGAAGAACUCUUAAUUAUAAACCAUAUAAACAGCGCAGAGUUUUGUGACCGUUUCAAUAAUAACGGCCUCGAGAUGGAAAACACACAUUUGAAAAAGAGCGCGACUCUGUAACCAGGGCAACGGUGACGUUGAAGUCCAAUCCCGCGCCGAAUCCUGCUCGUCAUCAUGCGCUGAUUUUAAUUCCUCCGCUAAUUCUUCACACUUUGGUUCGGGUUCGUUCAGGAUAAACCGCUGGAGACCGCGUGAACACCUAAGCGACGCGUGUCGGAGUGCUUGUGCGAGUGUCUGAACUGAUCUGGGAGCAGAAAGUGUUUGAUUAUGUGAGAAACUAACUCCAGGAGUAUAAACGACGGUUCUGUGUUCAUCUCGAUCUUUAUGGAUAUUAAUGUGCGUGAUUUCGCGUUGAUCCGAUCUGUGCUGAUCAGCACAGAUUGACCAUCAGCCGCAAACCCUGAAGAACAGAUGCCCUGAUUAACUGUUGCUCCAAGAAACAUGGACACUUUUGAACACAUCUGGACCAAUCUAAGGAUUUGAUACACAUCCGUUCUCUCUUCAUCUGCAAAAGCAUCUGUCCGUUUGAGACCAGCAUGAUGAACGAGUCUCUAUCUGCGACGGAGACCGUGAGAGUCGUCUGCGCUCAGGAGAUCAGGAGAGAAUAUGAGCUCUUACCAGCCGUUACCUGCUCGCUCUGCUUCGCUCUGGGCCUCAUUUACUGUUUCUGCGGUUACCGCUGUUUCAGGACGGUGUUGUUUGUGUCGGGGCUGGCGUCCGGCUCUGCGGUGGGUCAGCUGCUGUGUGUGUGGGAGUGUGUGCUGGACGGCUGGGCGCAGGCGGGCGUUUCUCUGGGCCUGGGUCUGCUAGCAGCGCUGCUGGCGGUGCAGGUGCGCAGCGUGGGGCUGUUCCUCAGCGGCCUGCAGCUGGGUGCGCUGCUCUCCGGCGCCGCCCUGCUGCUGCUGGGGCAGUAUUACCCCGUGCUCAGCCCGCCCUGGGCUCCGGUCAGCGCCGCCGCAGGGACCAGCCUUCUCUUCGCCGUCCUCGCUCUGCGCUGGAGGAGGGCCAUGAUGGUAGCUGCGACAGCGGCGGUCGGGGCGGCGGUGGCCGUGGGGUGUGUGGAUUUGGCUGAGACGCCCGUGCUGCUGCUGCAGGCGUAUGAGGGUCUGCAGAGACGGCAGGGCUUGUGCUGGUACAGCUGGGCGGUCAUCGGGGUUUGGCCUGUACUCACAGCACUGGGAACACUGGUCCAGUGCAGCAUCACCCAUGACGUGUCUGUGACGGGGAAACAGAAGCAGCUGGAUCUGACGCGGAUCAGACAGAAGCGUGAGCGCAGACCGCCGGCCCUCCAGCGCUACACCGGAGACGUUCUGGCCCCGAGUUAUCUGGCCAGCCUGCGAGAGCGGCAGACACACACGGGCUCGUCGCUGUGGAGUCUGAGCUCCGUUCAUCACACCGUCAUCGACUUCGACUCUGAGACGGGAUCGCUGGUGCCCCUCACAACCUCGGCGUCGGCUCUUCUCAGACUCUAGAGCGGUUUCUGUCUCCAGUUCAGGAAACUCACGCAAACGCACACAGAAAGGCCUUGUGGGUCGGCAGGGAGCUUCCGUCUGUGAGGCCAGUCCUACACACUUCCUUCAAAAAUAGCUUCAGUCUUAUUCACAAGACGCUUUGAUUAUAUUGAGAUGUGAGGAGAAACGUUUAUUAAAGCUGUACAGCUCUAUGUGGACUUCUGCUGCUCCUAAAACACUAAUUAAGGCUCUUAAAUCAGAGCAGAAAGUCUUAAAUUCAUAAAGUCGUGGUAUUAAAUGUAAAAAUGAAUCUCUUCUUGAGUGUUUUUGUCUUGUUCUCCAGUACAAAUCUCUAAACAUCAUUAUAUCAAGAUACUUUUCCUGGAGAUGCAAACUGAAGAUAUGAAGUCUUGUUUUAUGAGAAAUUGAAGAAAAUCAGGCAUGUUUGUAUAAAACGGGAACAAAUGUCUGUUAAUAGAGAAUGAAAACCUGUUUUCCCUUUGAAUUAAGUUGAUUUUUCUGUCUCCAUUGGUAGAUAUUUUUUGUUGCUUUAAUCAUAAACACUUAAUUUUGAUCGAAUUCACAGAAAGACAUUCUGUCAUGUCAUUUUGUUUCUGCAGUAAAUCUUGCCUUAAAAAUCUUUUUUACAUUUUCACUGGAAAACAAGACAAAAAUACUGAGGAAGAACCAAUGAGAUCUGUACUACAGUGAAAGUUAUUUCCAUAUUCUAGUGUUUGUGAGCAGAGAUAUUCAAUCCAUAAGCUAUUUUUCCUUUUGUAAAAUGAAUUAUAAAGUAAUGGAGAUGUUAGAAUUUGUAUUUUAAAUAACACUGUAAGUGUUGCUAAUACAAGACACUCACAUUUACAGUCUUUAAAGGGUCUUUAAAAAGUCAUACAUUUAUCUCCAUAAAAUCUGCAGAAACCCAGGUAUAUAUAUAUAAGACGUCACAUUUGAAAAUAACUUGCAAAACAUUGCUUAAUAUUGUUCUUGAUUUGUCUGAUUGGUGUUUAGCGUAUGCUAGCAGUAGAGAAGAUGUUGGGGUCUCGGGAUCAGAGAGAUUCGUUAAGACAUCUGAUCGCUCUGUAGAUGAAAUACAGCAGAUUAACCUCGGAUGAGUUUAAAGAGUAUGUUUCACAGUAAAAUAGAAGAAAAAGAUUUGACACAAUCCAGGCAUCCAUGAAAAAAAAAGUGAUUCCGGAAAUGAAUCUUGAAAAGCGUCUGUAUGUCUGAGUGGAGGGUGGGAUCUGAUGCUCUGGUGCGGCUCGAGAUCAUUGGUCAUUUCUGUAACGUGCUCCGGAUAUACAGCAGACGUUUUCAUUGUACAAGAGCACACAGAACUAAUGCAUUAUUCUCCAGAGAAAAAUGAAAGUCUUGAGGGUUUGGAACUGAACUAUUCAUGUAAAUAUGAAAAUAGAUGCGCUGAUCUCUGGAUCUCUGAAAAUGAUUUUAGUUUCAAUCCUUUAUUAUUAAUACAAAUUAAUAUAUUUGAUAAUAUUCAAAUUCAUUUGCAUAAUUAAAAAUGAAUCAAAGGUGAAUCAAAAGCCUGCAAGCGUCUAAUACAUAGUCAUACAUAAAUAUAAAUACAGUAUAUGUGCUCAUGUAUACAUCAGCAUUAGAGAAAAACAGAUGACUAAUAAACUGUUGACAAAGA